AGCGCAGUGCGCGGCGGCGGGGGCGGGCAGGCGCGCGACGCGGGAGCAGAGGCGUCGUGAAUCGCGGGCCGCGCGGCCGUGAGUGUGCGCUUUUCUCCGGCUCCGCCGCCGCCGCCGCCGCCGCGCCGCGCCGCCGGCAUGAGCUACGACCGCGCCAUCACCGUCUUCUCGCCCGACGGCCACCUUUUCCAAGUGGAGUACGCGCAGGAGGCCGUGAAGAAGGGCUCGACCGCGGUCGGUGUGCGAGGGAAGGACAUCGUUGUUCUGGGCGUGGAGAAGAAAUCAGUGGCCAAACUGCAGGAUGAGAGAACCGUCCGCAAGAUCUGCGCGUUGGAUGACAACGUCUGCAUGGCGUUCGCAGGGCUCACUGCGGACGCGAGGAUAGUCAUCAACAGGGCUCGGGUGGAGUGCCAGAGCCACCGGCUGACCGUGGAGGACCCAGUCACCGUGGAGUACAUCACCCGCUACAUCGCCAGUCUGAAGCAGCGCUACACGCAGAGCAAUGGGCGCAGGCCGUUCGGCAUCUCCGCCCUCAUUGUGGGUUUCGACUUUGACGGCACCCCCAGACUCUAUCAGACGGACCCCUCGGGGACGUACCAUGCCUGGAAGGCUAAUGCUAUAGGCCGGGGCGCCAAGUCCGUGCGUGAGUUUCUGGAGAAGAAUUACACUGACGAAGCCAUCGAGACAGACGACCUGACCAUUAAGUUGGUUAUCAAGGCCCUCCUGGAAGUGGUUCAGUCUGGCGGCAAAAACAUUGAAUUGGCUGUCAUGAGACGUGAUCAACCCCUCAAGAUUUUAAAUCCUGAAGAAAUUGAGAAGUAUGUUGCUGAAAUCGAGAAAGAGAAGGAGGAAAACGAAAAGAAGAAACAGAAGAAAGCAUCAUGAUGAUGAAAUCUUGAAUUGAUUUUUAAAUUCAAAUCAUGGAUUUUCAAAGUGAUACAUAGGCAUUUCCCAACACUCAUCUACUGUCCAAGGGUCCUGCAAUAAACUUCUAUUUGUUAACCUUU